UCCCGCGAGCCGCAAGAACGAGACAGCUGUCAAUAUAGCCGCACAUUUCGCGCCUCCUGACAUCGUUUCGUUUGCGAACCCGGGCUCCUGUCGUCAUCUAGAGCGUUUUUCCAUCGUGUGGCCAAGCUUGCUCUCUUCCAAAGACCAUCAUAUCGUCUAGAAGAACUCAGGAUCUUGGUGGAAUACCAAAGCGAACGGAUCGAUCCAUAGACAGGACGCAUUCUUAAGGAAGCUCUGCAUUGAAUACCCUAUUUUGCAACUAGGAAAAACCAAUUAUCAUCAAUAAUGGCGGAAGGAGAUAUGCCCACUUUCAAAUGUGUGCUUGUUGGUGACGGCGGUACUGGCAAAACGACAUUCGUCAAACGGCACAUGACGGGUGAGUUUGAAAAGAAGUACGUCGCCACUCUGGGUGUGGAGGUGCAUCCGCUAGUAUUCCACACGAACCGUGGUGCGAUUAGGUUCAAUGUGUGGGACACAGCUGGACAGGAAAAGUUUGGUGGACUGCGCGACGGUUACUACAUCCAGGGACAGUGUGCCAUUAUUAUGUUCGAUGUCACGUCUCGUGUAACCUAUAAAAAUGUCCCCAACUGGCAUCGCGAUCUGGUGCGUGUAUGCGAAAAUAUCCCGAUCGUACUGUGCGGUAACAAAGUAGACAUCAAGGAUCGUAAAGUAAAGGCCAAGUCGAUUGUUUUUCACCGGAAGAAGAACCUACAGUACUACGAUAUUUCCGCAAAGUCCAACUACAACUUCGAGAAACCUUUCCUGUGGCUGGCUCGCAAACUUGUCGGUGAUCCUAACCUUGAGUUCGUUGCAAUGCCUGCCUUGCUUCCGCCGGAAGUGAAAAUGGACAAGGAUUGGCAAGUACAGAUUGAGAAGGAUUUGGAGGAAGCACAGGCCACGGCACUGCCGGACGAAGACGAAGAUUUGUAAACCUUUCAAUUCGCAAAGCGGGUGUUACACAAAUGGCCCAUCGUGUUUUUGUAAUUUGCAUAAUAAGAAAUUUCAGUUAGGUCUCUUAUAUGGUUCAAAUCCAGCUAGCAAAGUAACGUACAGGAAGGUAGAACGAUGCGUACACUUAAUCCCAAAAUAGAAUGAACCUAACUACGCAACAGGUGAACGGCAGCAACAGGCACAGGAGAAUGUUUCAAGAGCAGAGCAGAUAAAUAAAUCGUCGUUGGAACGCAGCAUUGUGAAAAACAACAGGAUAUUGUAAAGCUAAUGCAGCAUUGGCAUCAUUUUGCUUGGUUCAAAUUGGCAUUAGUUAGGGGGAUUAGUGCAGAAGCGAAAUAUUGUGAGCGUUCAUCAUUCAUCGGUUCGGUAGGGGCUGGAAACGGUAAAUUUUACACCGUUUUUUGCAAAUAGGCGUACGAGACAGCAGGAAUGUUUGAGUUCCCUUUAAUUUUAAUGUUACUGUAUCGAUGGAAGGAUUAGGAGAUAUAAUGGAGAUUGAAAAUACAGAAGCUCAUGCAAGAUUCCACAUACACAACA